AUUUAAUGAUUGAAACAUCACUUCCAACAAAACCAGGUGAUCGUGCACGUUUACGUAGUCUUAUUUUUGAUGGAACCAAUGGAGAUGCGAAAUGUUUUAGAUUUUGGUUUCAUAUGUAUGGUGAUUCAAUUGGAACAUUGAAUGUUUAUGUUUUCGAUGGUACAUAUAAACGAAUAUGGUCAUUAUCAGGUAAUCGUGGUAAUAAUUGGUAUGAAGGUCAAGUUUCAUAUAUUUCAUCGACUCCCUAUCAAAUUAUUAUGGAAGCUAUUUCUGGAAAAGAUUACUUGGGUGAUAUAUCUAUUGAUGAUUUUACAUUUACAACAAGUAAUUGCUCGAUUCGACCGAUGAAUGAUGCUGUACCAACGGGGGCAACCACUCUUCCGUCAACACUGUCAACAACAACUAUACGUCAAUCGACUUUAGCACCACAAUCACCAUGGGAUUGUAAUUUUGAACAAGGUGUUCUUUGUGCAACGUGGUCACAUGAUAACGAUGCUGAUUUUCGAUGGGCACCAAAACAAGGUCAAACACCAUCAAUGAAUACUGGACCUACUUCUGAUCAUACGUAUGGAACAUCCGAUGGUUGGUAUAUUUACAUGGAAGCUAGUUUUCCACAAAAAUAUAAUCAACGUUGCCGUAUCGUAUCAGAAGAAAUUCAAGGACAAAAAUGUUUACAAUUUUGGUAUUAUAUGUAUGGUAUGGAUGUGGAUACAUUAAAUAUUUACAUUAAAGUAAAUAAUAAUAUGGGUAAACCAGUAUGGACACGAACAAGAGAUCAAGGUAAACAAUGGCUCAAAGGACAAUAUCCAAUAUUUCCACAAGCGAAUACCAAAUUUCAAAUUGUAUUCGAAGGCAUUGUUGGACAAUUCGGUCUUGGUGAUAUUGCCAUCGAUGAUAUUGUUGUCUAUCAAUCAUGUCCAAAUGAAGAUCGAUUAUGUUCCUUUGAAGAUCCAAAACUAUGUUCUUACUCCAGUGAUGCUACAACACAGUACAAUUGGAUACGUGCAACUGGUAAUGAUCCAGUAGGCACUGGUUUUAAACCAUUGACCGAUCAUACAGAUGGUACAAUCAAUGGUGCAUAUAUGCUUGUUAAUAUUUCUAAACCAGCACAAGGUGUAACUGAUCAACGAGCACGUCUUACCUCACCAGUAAUAGUUCCUAAUGGAGAACAGUGUGUUGAAUUUUGGUAUUAUUUAGAUGGUGAAUUAAUUAGUACUCUAUCUAAAUUACAAUUAUUUGUACGAACAAGUAAACAAUCAACAAAUACGACAGGCUAUUUAAUUUGGUCGAAAAAUAUCCUUCGAGAAGGCCAAUGGCGUCUUUCACAACAACGUAUUCCACAUGAUCUUAGUUUAACACCAUAUCAGGUUAUUUUUGAAAGUAUAAUUUAUAAAUUCGGUCCAAAUUCACCAACCGUGGCUAUUGACGAUGUAUUUAUUCGUGAUCGAGCUUGUCCUGAAUCGGGUGAUUGUGAUUUUGAAAAUGGAUUGUGUACAUGGCGAAGUGACCAAGGUCAAUAUCUUCUUUUAAGUUCAUCCUACACUAAUCAACAAUCAGUUGUGGCUGUUAUUCAAAGUGAAACAUUUCCAUCGACUUCAACUUCUGGUCGUUGUUUAACAUUCUGGUAUGUUCUACGUGGUAAUCAAUUAGGUCGUGUCGAUGUCAAUAUUUCAACUUCACAAAAUACAUACAUGAUAUGGUCAUUGGGUUCCGUAAGUCAAGGUGAAUCAUGGCAAUUUGCAUCUGUCGGCUACUAUGCAGAUGAGGAUCACAAUAUUGUCAUUGAAGGAAGUGUCAGCGCACAAAUGAACGGUUAUUAUGCUAUCGAUGAUAUCGAUAUUCGAGAUGGUUACUGUGGAAUAACUCCAUUAACGGCAGGUGCUACUAUGUUAACAACACCACAAACAGUAACUCGACCAACGACACCAUUUCAAAUUCCAAGUAUUUAUGAUUGUACAUUUGAAGACGAUUUUUGUCAAUGGACUUUCCUUACUGAUGGUGCUCUUAAUUGGACUCGAAAUCAAGGUGCUACUUCAACAGCUGAAACUGGUCCUCAAUUCGAUGUAACAACACAUACAAAUCAAGGCUGGUAUAUUUAUCUUGAAACAUCUUAUCCUGUUAAACUCAAUGAUACAGCACGUUUACUAUCACCAUCCAUUGCUGGUUCAACAACAAAAUAUUUUGAAUUUUGGUAUCAUAUGCACGGACCUGAUAUCAAUCGUUUAGAUGUAUUAAUUGUUGAUUCAUCAAAUGUUGAAACAACUGUUUGGUCUCGUGAAGGAUCUCAAGGAAAUAUUUGGCGUUUAGGAAAAGUUAAAUUAAAUGGUAUCACAAGUCUCUACAGCAUUAUUCUCCAAGGUGUUGCUGGUGUAAGUUUUCAAGGAGAUAUUGCUUUAGAUAAUCUUCAACUUAUCGAUGGUAAUUGUCCAAGUGAUUUACCAUUUGAAUGUGAUUUCGACGAAGAAAAUUUAUGUGGUUUUACAAAUGAUCCAACAGAAAAACAUCAAUGGAUCAGACAUAAAGGAGCAACACCAGGCACAUUAAAUGGGCCAAGUGUUGAUCAUACUACAUUGACUAGUAGUGGUUAUUACGUAUAUGUUCCAAGUGCUAGUUCAAGUCGUGAAGGUGAAAAAGCUCUAUUAGUAUCUCCAUGGAACAAUAAUUCAAAUGGACAAUGUCUUUCAUUUUGGUAUCAUAGCUUCGGUGCUGAUGUUGGUUCAUUGAUAAUUUAUCAACGUGUAUUAUCAGCGAGUCAGCUAUAUCUAUUGUGGAAAGUUAAUUAUAAUUUUGGUGAUAUUUGGAAUGCAGCUGAAAUAACAAUAAGAAAAACCGACGAACCAUGGACGUUUGCAUUCGAAAGUGAAUAUGGUGUUGGAUAUUUUGGUGAUCUAGCUAUUGAUGAUGUUACUCUACGAGAAGGAUUUUGUCCAACGUUAGGUUCAUGUUCCUUUGAAUCAAUUGAUUUCUGUACAUGGCAUAAUAUUCGUUCGCCAGCAGAUCAAUUUGAUUGGCUCGUUGCACAUGGUGAAACAGAUUCAGCAUUUACUGGACCAACAGUUGAUCAUACGUAUAAUGAUGCUUUUGGCUAUUAUGCUUAUAUUGAAGCAUCGUCGCCAAGACAAACUAAUGAUCGUGCUAUCCUUGAAUCAACAAUACUUAUGCCAACAUCAUCGAUUGGUUCCUGUUUUUCAUUUUGGUAUCAUAUGUAUGGAAGUAUUGGUUCAUUGAAUAUCUAUGUCAAUGGUGUGAAAUCUAAAGAACCAUUAUGGGUUUGGUAA